AUGAGACUGCAAUUUUUACCCUAUCAUAUGUAUACGGAAUCUGUCCAUUAUGUUAUCAAGAAACGACGGACGUUAGGUGUUCUAGCUGUAAUGUUGGCCAUUGUCCGGUGGCGUCGUCGACGUAGACAUUACAGUCUUAGAAUGUCUCGAAGAAAGUAUGGGCCAUUGGUUGAUAGAGAUCUGGAGAGGCAAAAAAAGUUGAAUGACCUGUACAAUUCAACCGAUAAAAAUUGCAUCAGUCAACUCCGGACGACGGGGCCGCUACGCAGUGGGUUUGAUGAUGUGAACAAACAAGUGAUGCUCUCCCAAUCUACUCUAGAUGGCUUAUCGGCCAAUGAUCGUGGAAUUCUCUCUAAACCGAUUCAGUUCUACGACAAGUUGAAGGAAUUAUUUAGUGGCUCGUCGGCAGAUGGCUCUUUUAUGCAAGACCCUUUCUCUGCAGCUGAAACUGACAAUGAUGAUAAGGUAAAAGAUGACAUGAUGAAUGAUAUGUCCACCUUUGUUGAAGCGAAGGGUCCAACAGGUCAUGACUCGGAUAAAUUAGAUACAGAUAGUGAUGAUUGUGAAGCGGUGGCUGCUCUUGCUGCAACUGAUAGUCAAGUUUCCUCGUCCAAUGUUGCGGCUCUAAAGCCUAACAAGAAAAGUUUCAAAAAAAGUGCAAAGCCAAAUACUCUGCCACCACCACAAAAUGAUAAAGCUAAAAGGUCAAAGCCAAGAUCAUCUCAAGCAUCACAAGAUGACACUAAUAUGGAUGUGCUGCUCACAAGUACUUUGAUGGGCAUACGAGAAACCCUUGCAAGUCCAGUACAGACGGUAGCCCCAAAGGACCCGAAUGCUCCUUUAUGGGACAUGCUCAAGAAGAUUCCGUUGCCACCUGAUGAGAGGAUGUCGGUCGGGAUGCAUCUAUGCAAGCCAGAAUUUGCAGUCCAUCGAGGUUUUCUUGUCAGCAUGGGUCAAGAAUACCUAGAGCGUUGGGUGUAUACAUACUUAUCUGACAAUUAUCCUGCUGGCAAACGUGUCGGCGAUGAUCUUGUUGGUAACCUUGGAAACAAAGAUCCUGCUAGUAACCUUGGCGAUGAUCCUGUUGUUAACUCUACCCCUUUCUGA